GUUCGAGUGAGUCAAGUAUACCCGUCACAACUUCGGCUGUGCAUCACGUGAGGCUCACAUGGAAAGGCUGCCAUUAGUUUUAUUGCCGAGCUUAAUCAAUCAAUUAAUGAAUCAAUGAAUCAAUCAUUAUCGUCUUCCUGUAGAUCACCGCGGCCUGGAGAGGGAGUCUGUGCCAUUCACAGUAGCGAUCGGUUUGUGUUUUGAAUUGGAGAGGUCCGAUUUCGUUGAUGAGUAGGAGGAGUAGUAGCACAUCCAGUAAGAUAAGGACUCAGGAGCCGGUCGGAAUGAUUGACAGAUGACGGGAUUCGGCAGUUGACUCACUCCGUCGCUGGGCUCGCGACAGUGGGGAAGCUGAGGUGAGCGAUGCUUAGAGCCUCGAAAGCUCAAAUUCGAUGGCGCGAUUCGAAUAAGAGCUUCGGGUCAGGUGAGGUGGAAGGUGGAGGAAAGUCAUGCCCCGUCGGACGCGCAACACGUGUAGCGCUGGCAGACCUCUCGAUCACGAGAAGCAACCGAUGACAGAACAAGGCCAACGUGCUGCGCUCCCGAGCACCUUCGGGCGUUUAAAGAAUCCCGAGCCCCGACCCGCGGCGAGCGAUCGGACUCAUCAUCCUAAACCGCGGUGGAGAUCGACACCACCGUCCCCGAUCUGUAAACUGCGAUCCGCGAGUAACACAAGUAAAAUUCCUCGGCCCAUCCGAUUACCAUCACCAUCAUCAUCGCAUUCUACGAUGACGACGACGACGACGAAAAACUCAUAAUUCAAUCGCCAUCGGCGGAGCUCGGACCGAUGCUCGGAAGAGAGAGGCCGAGAGUGUCACUUUGCUAAAAGCAGAACCGCCUCGAACGACGGGGUGGUGGCGGUGGUUGGAGCAAGAAGCAGAAGCAGAGGUCGAGGGGGUAUCGCGCGUGUCGUUUGCGGCAGCUCUCGCGCCGCGAUCACUCGCACGUCUCUGAUCGAAAUUGAGAGCGAGAAGCCGUGCCCGGACACGCAGAGAGCGACAGUGGCAGGUCUGUCUCCCCGAUCACUGCACAGCGAUCGAUUGAUCGAUCGAGCGAGGCCGAUGGCGUGCGGUGCUCGCCCGUCCAUUGGCCGCGAAGCAACUCGAGCGCUUUCGCCAUCGCCAUCGAAAGGUCACGCGCAUUGACUUUCGCGCAGGCCGCGCUCACAGUGGCCCGGGCGGGCGAGCGAACGGGCGGGCCGCGGGGGCGGUCGGGCGAACCACAGUUUGAACGGAACUCAACGGGUGUGACAGCGGGACCUUCAUGCUCGAGAACGAUGCGCUAGACGAGUUCGGAGCGUCGGGCGGUAGCAGCGCGCGGCUAUUUAUAAGGGAGUGAGUUCGAACUCGGAGUGCAGAACAGUGAGAGCGGGUUAGGGGCGGAGCAUGAGGCGCGGGCGUCGUGGGGUAUGAAAUUCGAGCAGUGGCCGCCCGGAGCUGCGAGAGAGCGCGCGCUGGCCCAUUCAAGAGUGGACUCGGGCGCGGCCGUUCGGUCUCUUGGAGCCGCGCGAGCGAGUGUCGUCACUGACAGUCCCGCUCUCGUCCUCCCGCUGCUUGCUCCAAUUCCGCAUUGUGGCCGUCGUCGUGCGAAUUGCAGGCGCGAUCGGCGGGUCGCUGGUGCACGAGCUCGUUGGCAGCGCGAGUCCUUUCGAGCGAAUUCUGCCGGUGUCUGACGGUGGCGUGGUGGCCGAAGGUGGAGGAAGCUUGUCUCCGAGCGCAAUUGUCGCCUCCAGGUCUCUUUGCUACUACUGCUGCUGCUACUGCUACUGCUGGAAGAUUUCUUCUCACGGUCCCAGGACAAUUUUGUUGCGGGCUCCGAGUUCGGAGAUAGUGGCUCGACGUUUUUAAUCCUUGCCUGGAGUACCAUCGUCUGAGUCCUGUCGAGCUCAAGUUUACACAACGACCAACGGAGGCAAAAUGGCGGUUGCCGGGCUCUACCGGCGUUCGCUUCCUUCACCUCCUGCGAUCGAAUUUGCAUCUCCUCAGGGCAAGGAAAUUUUUCAUGAGGCUCUCAAGGAUGGCACCAUGGAAGGGUUUUUCCACCUGAUAGCCCACUUUCAGACCCAAGCUGAGCCAGCCUUCUGUGCAUUAGCUUCGCUAUCCGUUGUUCUCAAUGCACUUUCAAUCGAUCCAGGAAGACCAUGGAAAGGACCCUGGCGGUGGUUUGAUGAAUCCAUGCUCGAAUGCUGCGAAUCUCUGGAGAAAGUGAAGUCCGAAGGAAUGACCUUUGCGAAAGUGGCAUGUGCCGGGGCGUGUGCUGGAGCUGCUGUGCAUGCUCUUCGUGCAAAUGCUAGCACUUUGGAGAAAUUCCGGGAGGAUCUUGCCAAGUGCUGCUCGUCAGAAAGGGAGCACUUGAUCGUGUCUUACACCAGAAAGACAUUCAAGCAAACUGGGUCUGGUCACUUCUCUCCGAUCGGAGGCUACCAUAAAGGAAGAGAUUUGGCACUUAUCCUGGAUGUCGCUCGUUUCAAGUAUCCUCCCCACUGGGUACCAAUUACCAUGCUAUGGGAGGCUAUUAACUCGAUCGAUCCUACCACAGGAAAUUGGAGAGGGUACAUGGUGGUUACCAAGCCGGAGCGACCUCCGUCAGUUCUUUACACACUGUCUUGCAAGGAUGAGAUCUGGAGAUCUAUAUCAAAGUACCUGAUCGUGGACGUACCCAAACUUCUCAAGAGCGCUGAAAUAACCAAUGUCCAAGAAGCUGUGUCCGUUGUACUGGGAUUGCUGCCUGGAAAACCGGAAAAAGUAACAUCCUUUGUGAAGUGGAUCGCUGAGGUCAAAAGAGCAGAUGCAGCUCCGACAAACGGGUCUAAUGAAGCCGACCUUGCUCUUAAUGCAAAGGUGAAAGUGAUGGGCGAGCUUCGAAACACAGGGCUAUACAAAGUGGUCUUCGACUGGGCCAGUGUUUCACGGAUCGGAUGUGAAUGUAGUCUGCCGUCUAUCUCUGGAGAUGAUCUUCCCUCAGCUGUCAGAAAUGCUUGCUGUCAAGGGGCAGCUGUGUUGUGUGGGAUGCAAUUCCAGUCCUCUGCCUGUUGUAAGAAAACUUCAGUGACCACUUCGGUGAGCACUAGAAUCAACAGCAGUGGCACUGAGACACUGGUGGUUUCUGGCAACGUGGAAACUAUGGAGGGAGUUCACAAUAACGUCGACGUCGUUGUACCCACAACGAGAUGCUGUAGUGCAGGAAGCGUUCCAAGUGACAUCGAAUCUUGUCUUCCACUCCAUCCCUCAACAGCGGACUUACUCACAAUAUUGCUGUUCGCACUACCUUCAGAAACUUGGAAGUCAAUAAGAAACGCGGAAGUGCAAAAGGAGUUGAGCAGUGCUGCUGCAAGCGAGAAUUUACCAAGAUCCCUGAAGGCUGAAGUGGAAAAUCUGCAAGAACAGCUAUACCUCGUGCACAGCUGGUGUGCAGAAACAGGAGAAGGAGAUUCUUCUCAAUCGGGUGCGGCAGCCUCAGCCUCCACUUUGAUAUCCGGCGUGAAGGAGCAGCCAAAGCCGGUGCAGUAGACACCAUAAUCAGCAUGUCUAUUCGGUCAUGCUGAUUUUUAUAUUAAGUCCAAUGAAAUGGAGUAUCUAUGUGUACUAUACAGAUGACAAACAUUAGUUCGGUUGCCCUCCCAUCCAGCGGCAGGGCAACCGAACAUCCACAAAAGUUUCAUCCACAAAAGUUCUGGAGAUGUCUCGAGAGAGGGUGACGAGCACUAACAUACCCUCUCCAGAUGAAUUGUCCUAUGAAAUUAGGUACAGGAAAGACCGUCACGCAAGUUCUGUUCCAACGUAGUUCAUGCAUUAUAGACCAGAUUCUCGUACUCUUCCAGUAACAGUCACUAAAAAGUGACACGAGCUGAGAUUAUCAAACCUCUAGUAUCGGAAGUAGAACUCUCAUGUAAAUUGAUCAUUUGUUACAAUUGGCUCCAAAGCACCCAUUUCCUUCCAUUAUGCUGAAGUUGAUACAUUG